AUAUUUCUAUAGCAGCGGUUGACCUUCUCCAAGAAUUGACAGAUGUCGAUUCUCUCCAUGAAAGCCAAGAGGGGGCAGAUAUGUUAAUUGAUGCAUUGAUUGAUGGUCAGAUUGUGGCUCAAUUGGUGCAGAAUUUGGAGCGGUUAGAUGAAGCAGUUAAGGAGGAAGCAGAAGGUGUCCACAAUACCCUUGCUAUUGUAGAAAACUUGGCUGAGUUCCGGCCAGAAUUGAGCAUUGAAGCAGCACAGCAAGGACUUCUUGCCUGGAUAUUAAAACGGCUCAAAGCCAAGAUGCCUUUUGAUGCCAAUAAACUCUACUGCAGUGAAAUUCUCUCUAUCUUGCUUCAGAAUCAUGAAGAGAACAAGAAGCUUCUUGGGGAAAUUGAUGGCAUUGACACAUUACUGCAACAGUUGUCUUACUUCAAGAGGCAUGACCCAAGCUCAUCAGAUGAGAUGGAGAUGAUGGAAAAUUUAUUUGGUGCCCUCUGUUCAAGUCUUAUGUGUUCACCUAACAGGGAGCACUUUCUCAAGGGUGAAGGCUUGCAGCUGAUGAACUUAAUGCUCAGAGAAAAGAAGAUGUCACGUAGUGGUGCACUAAAGGUUUUAGACUUUGCCACAUGUAAUGUGGAAGGCACUGACAACUGCAACAAGUUUGUUGAUAUUUUGGGCCUUCGGACAAUAUUCCCACUAUUUAUGCAGACCCCUAGAAAGUAUAAGAAAAAGGGAGCAUCUCCUGAAGAACAUGAAGAGCAUGUGUGUUCUGUGAUUUCAUCUAUGCUAAAAAACUGUAAGGCCACUCAGCGGCAGCGUCUUUUGAACAAGUUUACAGAAAAUGACCAUGAGAAGGUGGACAGGCUCAUGGAGCUGCACUUCAAAUAUUUGGAAAAAGUACAUGCGAUUGACAGUAUAAUUGAACGUGAAAAGGAAAAUCCCAAGUUGAAUGAAGAGGAGGAUCAGUCAGACCUAGAAGAGAAGUUCUACCUCCGUAGACUAGAUGCUGGCCUCUUCACCCUACAGCUGGUAGAUUACAUCAUGCUGGACAUCUGCAGCUCAGGACCACCGUCUAUUAAGCAGAGAGUACUGCAAAUAUUGAACCUGAGGGGAGGGUCUAUCAAAACGAUUAGAAAUGUCAUGAGAGAAUAUGCAGGCAACCUUGGUGAUGCUAAGGAUGAAUCCUUGAAAGAAGCAGAACAGCAGAGAAUACUGCAGUUAGUGGACCGGUUCUGAAGUCUUGCAUCUACAUCGUCAUGGAGCUUGUAAAUAAACAUCAAAUGGCAAACGCACAAAAAAAUUGCAUCGCUUUUGUAUUUGCCUGCCGUACAAUUCAAUACCAGAUUAAAGAUUUUCAGUGAAGAGAAAACAA